GUUUGGGAUUUACAUCUGUACUAGUGUUAUUCAUAUAUUAACCGAGACUGAACAAUGGUGUUUGCAGAAAGAUGGCUAGUGUUUAUAUCUGCAUUUCUGGCGAACUUGAUAUUGCUGGGUGUAAUUUUCUCCAUGGGGACAUUAUUGUCAGAUAUUAUGGACACAUUUAACGUAUCCCGUUCCGACGCUGCACUUGUGCAGUCUGUGAACAUUGCAGUCAGUCUUUGUUUUGGCGUCUUCCACGGAAGCUUGCUUCAUAAGUUUGGUGUACGAAAUGUUGCGUUGUGUCUUUCCUUCAUCAUAUCCAUAAAUUUUGGCAUCAGCUUUUUUGCUACGUCAAUAACAUUUCUAGUGAUAUCAAUUGGAGUAUUUGGGGGUAUUCCAGCCAGUGGUAUUUUCAUAGCAACUUCCUCUGUUGCCGGUCGUCAUUUCCAUGGCAAACAGGGACUAUUUGUCGUAUCCAUUGUCAAUGUUGGGUCAGGCCUGGGUGGAGUCAUUUUUCCUUACGUCUUAAAUUAUCUGACGGACAACUUUGGGCUACGGGGAACUUAUCUGAUUACUGGUGGGAUUUUCCUUAAUAUGAUACCGUUGUCAUUAUUAUGGAAACCUCCUAUAACAACGAAAUCGAGGCCGUCAACAAAUUUGCAAGAUUUAACUGGUGUAGAAAAUAAGGCUUAUAAGGUCAGUAGCGGUGACCUUGAUAAUAUACCAACGAACAAUAGCGAUGUUAUUGCUAUGGAAUUAAAAAAAGAAACAUUAACGUAUGUAAAAAGCGAAAUUAAUACAGACAAAGGCGGAGAAUAUACUCUUUGCUGGAUCCGAGACAAUUCAGGAUCCUAUAUGAUUCCCUUUCUACUUUCGGCCUCCAUGGAAGUCCUGGCGAUCGUUCUACUGAUUAUGGCUCAGUUUUUCCGAUCCAAAGAUCGAAAUAAAAGAGCAGUGAACAGAAAGACGUCUGUGUUUUAUAACACACGGUUUUGA